AGUGGUGACGUUUCCGAGUGCGCAGGCUGCGACGGGGAAUACUCAACGUUAUAAAAUAGGAUUCAAUAUUAUUUCCCCUUGAUUAAUAAUAGUGUUCCUAAUAAACUUGAUUAUGUAGUUCUUGUUAUUACAUUUAUAAUCAAUAACUGUAUUUGCACAGAAGUUUAGCAACGGAAGUCGUGUAAUAACAUAACGUCAUGUCGUUGUAUGUGGUUUGCGCAUUGCUGCUUUUGACGCCAAUUCGUGCGUUUUAUUUACCAGGUUUGGCUCCUGUGAAUUAUUGUAUAGCCAAUGAUGACACUAGCAAGUCGUGCAAGACGGAAAUACCACUGUAUGUAAAUAGACUGAACACUGAAGAAUCAGUGAUCCCAUUUGAGUAUCACCACUUUGACUUUUGUACUAUUGAUGAGAGUCAGUCUCCUGUCGAGAAUCUUGGUCAAGUGGUCUUUGGAGAGAGAAUACGACCAAGUCCUUACAAGCUUGAAUUCUUGAAGAAUGUUGACUGUAAGCCAGUUUGUACGAAGACCUACAAGGGUUCGGACACAGAUUCUAUCAAACGGUUGAACUUGCUGAAAAUGGGCAUGGCACUCUCUUACCAGCACCAUUGGAUCCUGGACAACAUGCCCGUGACUUGGUGCUACUUGGUUAAUGAGGGAGGGAAGACAUACUGCAGCACUGGGUUCCCCAUGGGCUGCCAAGUGCGCAAAGAUAUGGACACAUGCACACCGAUAGUGAACGGCCAUUCAAGUCGUAUUGGGGCUUACUACUUGUUCAAUCAUGUCGACUUGGAGAUAACGUACCACAGCGGCGGCGAAGAGGAAUGGGGUGUAGCCUUCGGCGAGAAUGGAGGCCGUAUUAUAUCUGCUAAGGUCAAGCCUGCCAGCAUUCGACACACGAAUCCGAACAACCUUGACUGCAGUGCCCGCGGCGUAGAACUCGAGAUCCCGACUCAACUCGACUCCGACAAAACCUUCAACGUGACCUACACCUACCGCGUCACCUUCAUAAAGAACAACACCAUCAAGUGGUCCUCCCGAUGGGACUACAUUCUAGAGUCAAUGCCACAGACAAACAUCCAAUGGUUCUCUAUUCUAAACUCCUUGGUUAUUGUUCUGUUCCUCAGUGGAAUGGUUGCUAUGAUUUUAUUAAGGACUUUGUAUAAAGAUAUCGCGAGGUACAACCAGAUGGAGUGUGGGGAAGAUGCACAGGAAGAAUUUGGUUGGAAGUUAGUGCACGGUGAUGUGUUCAGACCCCCGCGACGAGGCAUGCUGUUGGCUGUGUUCCUUGGAUCUGGUUCUCAGGUGUUCGGCAUGACGCUGGUGACGCUGGCGUUCGCGUGCCUGGGCUUCCUGUCGCCGGCCAACCGCGGCGCGCUGAUGACGUGCGCGCUGGUGGCCUGGGUGCUGCUGGGCGCCGCCGCCGGCUACGUCAGCGCGCGGAUAUACAAGAGCUUCGGCGGCCGCCGCUGGAAGAGCAAUAUACUGCUGACCUCCAUGGUGUGCCCGGGCGUGGUGUUCUCCCUGUUCUUCAUAAUGAACCUCGUGUUGUGGGGCAAGGGCUCGUCCGCGGCCAUUCCGUUCUCGACUCUCGUGGCUCUGCUGGCGCUUUGGUUCGGAGUGUCCGUGCCGCUCACCUUCAUCGGCGCUUACUUUGGAUUCAGGAAGAGGAUUCUUGACCACCCGGUCCGCACUAAUCAGAUCCCGAGGCAGAUUCCUGAGCAGUCGCUGUACACGCAGCCGGUGCCCGGUAUCGUGAUGGGCGGUGUCUUACCUUUCGGAUGCAUCUUCAUUCAACUGUUCUUCAUUCUCAACUCUCUUUGGUCAAGUCAGAUGUACUACAUGUUCGGUUUCCUGUUCCUGGUGUUCGUGAUCCUGGUGAUCACAUGCUCGGAGACCACGAUCCUGCUGUGCUACUUCCACCUGUGCGCGGAGGACUACCACUGGUGGUGGCGAGCGUUCCUGAGUUCGGGUUCGACGGCGGGCUACCUGUUCGUGUACUGCUGCCACUACUUCGUCACCAAGCUCAACAUCGAGGACGCGGCCUCCACCUUCCUGUACUUCGGCUACACUAUCAUCAUGGUCUUCUUGUUCUUCCUGCUCACCGGCACCAUCGGCUUCAUGGCCUGCUUCUGGUUCGUAAGAAAAAUCUACAGCGUCGUUAAAGUAGACUAAAUUAAUGUGGUGUUAGGUUAAGCAUCGAGUGUUGGUACAGCGGUAUUGACGUGUCCGUCUAGAUAUGGACGCAUUUGUUAUGUAAAAUUAAGCAGAGUUGUUACACCAAAGCAUUGUUUUUUUGAAAAACAUAGCGCUAACGUGUUGCGUGACAAACUUCCGCCUAGUCCAUCUGUGCAUAUUGGAAUGUCUUGUGGAUAUGACGCGUGGUGAUCUAUGAAGUGAUGAGGCCUGUAUUGUAAGUAAUAUAGUGGAGCAUCGGGUCACAGACAAUCUUGUAUUGCAAUGGUUGGGUGAAAGCCACGGGCCGAUACAAAAGGCGCGCGAGCGUCGCCAGUCUGAAACUAGGAAUAAUGUGACAGUGUGACAAGUAAGACUGCUGUACGCAAUGUGAUUAAUUAAAUAAAGGUUUAUAUUGCUAAUAAAUUGAUAGUCUCUUGCGUCUUUUAAUCGUUUGUUUAUUAUUUUUAAUAUUAAUUUGAAUGUUAGGUCGUAUACAUAUUGACUGAAAUCUAUGUCGAACAUGGAAACCAUUCUAUUAAAAACUAGCGCGUAAAUCCUAAAGGUUUCUUCAAUGUGUAUGCGCCUUUAGUCGCUAGUUGUAUAAGUCUUUUGUGAAUGAAAAAAGAAAGCUUAAUCUGUUUAUAAUUUAUUUGAAAAUUGCUAACAUAAUCAUCCUGCACAAUAAAAUUAGGGAUAGAAACCGUGAUCAGUCAAACAUUGAAUGGCAGUACUUAAAUAUGUUCUAUUAACAUAUUCAUUAAAUAACUAAAAGAAAUUGUGAUAUCAUUGAUCCGAUAGUGUUUUAACCGCUCUGAUGCUAUGCAUUCUAAAUGAGUACAAAAUGGUGACGCAAUAUUAAUUUACGUAGCGCUUCUCUCAACACUGCAUUUCUUUGAGGUUACGAUUCUUCUUUUUAUUAGGAAAAUAGCAAAUUCUACAGCAAUUUAUGUCUUGAAGGAAAGAAAACGGUAAUUAGUUGUCUUAUCUAGAAUGCAGAUUAUCAUGCGUAUUAAAUGUUUUAAAAGUGAGAUUUUGCAUUUUUUAUAAAAAAGUAUCCUUGGGAUUUCUGUUUCAGAUCUCGAAUACACAAAGUAUUUGAAAUGAUUGUAUUUGGUUAUGAAAUUAUUUUACUUUAUUUUAAACAGACAAAUCAAUGAACCAAAAUAAAUAGAUGAAAUUACUGAUGGUUCAGAAAUUAGUAUUCUUUUAACACGUAUUUGCGAGACUAUAUUAAGCCGUUAGUGGCGGACAGCGAAAUAUAAAUUAUUGGCGGUAGAAG